GACCUCACGACGUCCUCGAUGAUUUUCUGGGGUAGAAACAAGCCGACGAGGAGGUCGUUCCAACAAAGAAGUUUGCAGGAAAAAGGUGGUCCCACUCAAGAACACCGUUUUAUGAAGCGAACGACCGAGCGCUUCUAUCUGUUUUUUUUUGUUGCCACGGUGUUGUUGCUUUACGCGCAAAAUGAAGCCAUCAACUUGUUGCAAUUUACUUGAAACGUUAUCAGAGCCAUAAGGGAGCAGUAUGCCGUUUUAUAAUCUGGAUUCAACUUCGGGAAAAUCCGAACCAAAAAAACUGAGACAACAGCUGAGAGUGGGGUGAGGAGGAGGUUGGCUUUGGCAAGUUGUGGACUUCUGCCUUGUAACUCCCGCUGUCGUAUGUUGCUAGCUAACUUGCUAAUUAGCUAACUUUGAUAUAAGAAUUGCCCCAUCUCAUCAGUCUACUACAGUGUGGUGAGGUCUGUUUUCUGAGUGGUCUGCUACAGUGAUUGGUUCAGUGGGCCACUGCAGCAUUUCCUCAAGAACAUUGGCUGCCUCCUGUGGCUUGAUGCUUUUCAGUGCUUGGAUGUUGCGUGGGCGAUGAGGAUGUCCUGCUGGUCCCAGUGGGACAGGAUUGUGAUGUGAUGGGGUGCAGGACGAGCAAGGUCCUCCCUGAGCCACCUGGAGAUGUCCAGCUAGACCUGGUCAAAAAGGUGGAUCCCCUCCAGACCGACAUCUACAAACAUUUUAUCCGAGGCGACGGCAGUGGGAGUAAAAUGAGAGGGGAGAAAACAGGCUCUCCCCUGCCUCAGGCAGCAUUCUCAGCCGCCCAGGCACCCACAAAUACAGGCCAACCAGAGGCCUCUGACCCACGCAGAAACAAGGUAGCCAAGUACAGAGCUAAGUUUGACCCACGGGUCACAGCCAAAUAUGACAUUAAGGCGCUGAUAGGCCGAGGUAGCUUCAGCCGGGUGGUGCGAGUGGAGCAUAAGAGCACGCGGCAGCCCUACGCCAUCAAGAUGAUAGAGACGCGCUACAGAGAGGGACGUGAGGUAUGUGAGUCAGAGCUGUGUGUCCUGCGGCGUGUACGCCACACCAACAUUAUCCAGCUGAUGGAGGUGUUUGAGACAGCUGAGCGAGUAUACAUGGUGAUGGAACUGGCUACAGGGGGAGAGCUUUUUGACCGUAUCAUCGCCCGUGGCUCUUUCACAGAGCGUGAUGCUACACGUGUCCUACAGAUGGUACUGGACGGGGUCAAGUAUCUACAUACACUUGGCAUCACCCACCGUGACCUCAAGCCUGAGAACCUGCUCUACUAUCAUCCCGGUGCAGACUCUAAGAUUAUGGUCACUGACUUUGGGCUGGCCAGCACUCGUAAGAAGGGUGAUGAGUGCUUGAUGAAGACUACUUGUGGGACACCAGAGUACAUUGCCCCAGAGAUCCUGGUACGAAAGCCAUACACCAAUGCUGUGGAUAUGUGGGCUCUAGGGGUCAUCUCCUACAUUCUGCUGAGUGGAACCAUGCCUUUUGAGGAUGACAACCGCAUGCGCCUCUACCGUCAGAUCCUCAAGGGGAAGUACAGCUUUUCUGGGGAGCCAUGGCCCAGUGUGUCCAACCUGGCAAAGGACUUCAUCGACCGUGUGCUGACUGUUGACUCCAGUGAGAGGUUAACAGCAGGCCAGGCUCUGAAGCACCCCUGGAUCGUCAGCAUGGCUGCAUCAUCCUCCAUGAAGAACCUGCAGCGCUCUAUCUCCCAAAACCUCCUGAAGAGGGCCUCAUCACGCUGUCACAGUACCAAGUCUGCCCAGUCCACACGCUCCAGCCGCUCCACCAAGUCCAACAAGGCUCGUCGUGCUCGGGAGAAAGAGCUGCGUGAGCUCAACCGCCGCUACCAACAACAAUACAAUGGCUGAGUAAUAGUUAUGUGGGUUGCAAUGUUGAAACUCAUAAUGUUGUGUGUCUCAUUGAGACCACAAGCAGGGACUUACCAGCAGCUGCCUGGAACAGUAAUUCAGCUCCUAGGCCAUAGUGCCACUGGGGCAGCAAGAAAAACAUCCUAAUAUUUCACCCUUUUUUCCUAGAUUCCUAUUCCCUAAUGUUUCUUUCCUGUCCUUGUGUGUCUCACAUUUAAUUUAUUGUUGAUUAUAUUGUUUCUGUGAAAAUGGUCACUUGAAGCUGCCCAUCUAAACGGAUCUGUUGAGCAACAUUCUAGGAAUUAAGUUUUAGGAAGGGGUGUUAAAAUGCUGUUCCUGCACUCGUUCUUGAUUAUUUGCUGUGAAUUCAUGGUACAAGAACAGUGGGUCACUUGCUUUGGUGGAGAUACACUACAUUACCAAAAGUAUGUGGACACCUGCUCGUCGAACAUCUCAUUCCAAAAUCAUGGGCAUUAAUAUGGAGUUGGUCCCCCUUUUCGGCUAUAAACUCUCUUCUGGGUAGGCUUUCCACUAGAUCCAUUCAGCUACAAGGGCAUUAGUGAGGUCGGGUACGGUCGGCGUUCCAAUUAAUCUGAAAGGUGUUCGAUGGGGUUGAGGUCAGGACUUUGUGCAAGCCAGUCAAAU